GAUUUAUUGCAUUUCUUUUAUCGCGUUAAGAGUCUUUUUUUAUCUCGCAUCACUGAUUCGCUGUGGACGAAUUAAGACGUCAGACUGUCGUGUUUUUUUUAACCUUGUGUUUAUUUUAGCAGUAAAAUGCAACAAUUUUACGCCAUUGGUCGCAUUUUUCACGUUUCCUGCCGUCGUCAGAGCAAAGACAGACGUGUUUUUGAACAGCUGCGAAACAUCCAGCCUGCAGAAGGACCGCUUUGUGAGUCUCAGUCGAGGUCAGUGAUGCUCCAUCAGGACCAACCUCUGAACUCGGCCUACGGAGGGAAGGGAGGCUCUAAGGAUGUCUCCUCUUCGUCGCUGCGGAACAGGAAAGGCGACAAAGACGGCAACUUCAACUUCCUGCCGGGCAAGGACGACGACGAGGUCCUCACGGGCAACAGAGGCGGAGACGAGAACCGCAACCAGGUGCGUCCCCGCAACCUAGGCCCGCUCGGUCGCGAUCCCCCGAGCUCCUCGCCGUCCUAUCACCACAGUUCUGGCGUUCUGUCGCCGCGCUCCCGCCUGCCCUGCUGGAGCCCGCUGGAGCCCCUGCCCGAAAUCGAGACGGGGGAUGACGGGUACGGCAGGGUUCCUCCCGACGGGGCGGAGGAAGGCAGGAUGGAAGAGGAAGUGAAGAGGAUGAUGAUGAGUCAGAACGAGGAGAAGCAGAGGGAGAAGAGGGAGCAGCAGAGGAGGAUGUGCAAGGAGCAAGAAGAGGAGGACGGCGACGAAUGGGGCGACAGCGACUCCGAGUCCGAGUUCAGCUUCCGGUCUGGCGGCAGCAUGUCCCCGCUCAACAUGGACACAGGCGCAGGCGAGGGGAUGCUGAUGGGAGGCUGGGACCGCAUCGGAGUCGGGGAGCCGAAAUCGACCCAGCAGGAAAUCAACCAAGCCAGAAACAGCAACAGAGAGCCACCCGGAAGACGCAGAAGUGUCCCGCGCAAGUCUCUGACGGGAAGGAACCUGGGGAAUCUCAUCGAGGAGGGCGCGGAGGAAGACGGAGAGAACAACCGCUCCUCGGACUCCGACAGCGAGAUGCCCGAGCUGAUGGACGCCGUGUGGACACUGCGAGACCGCGAGCACUUCAAGGCCCAGGAGAUGGAGAAGCACCAGGUGCAGCUGACCAUGUACCGCCGCCUCGCCCUGAUCCGCUGGGUCCGCACCCUCCAGAGCCGCAUCCAGGAGCAGCAGAACCGCCUGCAGUCCAGCUUCGACGUCAUCCUCACGCAGAGGAAGGAACUGCUGCGUAUGGGCGCCGCUUCCGCUGUGGCUAACGCCGCACCCGCUGCUGCCGUCAGCCAAUCAUGAAGAGAGGAGAGGAAACGGAGGGACUGAAACGCAAAGUGAAGGAAAACUGUAUUUUUGUUUUCUUUAAUUGUUUAAAGGCUUUCUAUGUGAUUAUUCACUUAAAUAUAAUAUAACUCAAGUAUAUCCUCUGAAAAUAACUCUGUGA